AUGCGCUCUGCGCGGCCCAUCCAGGCUCGAGGCUUCGCCGCAGCCGCUUCCGGUCCAUCGUUCGAGACGUACGAUGCCGCCGGCGUCAAGGUCGCCUCGAGGGAUGGCCACGGAGAAACCUCCAAGCUCGCCGUUGUCGUCAAGGCCGGCACCAGGUAUCAGCCUCUUCCCGGUCUGACCGUGGGAUUGGAGGAGUUUGCUUUCAAGAACACUUCCAAGCGCUCGGCUCUCAGGAUCACAAGAGAAACCGAACUCCUCGGCGGCCAAUUGAACGCCUACCACACCCGAGAGGCUCUCGUUCUCGAGGCCGGCUUCCUCCGAGAGGAUCUCCCCUACUUCGCCGAGCUCCUUGCUGAGGUCCUCACGCAAACCCGAUACACCACCCACGAGUUCCACGAGGAUGUCGAGAGGGCAAUCCACCUCAAGCAGGCCAAGCUCGCCGCCAACCCUGCCGCCGUCUCUCAGGAUGCUGCCCACACCGUUGCCUUCCACUCCGGCCUCGGUUCGCCCAUGUACCCCUCGUCCGCUACUUCCACGAAGGGCUACCUUGACGAAUACUCCAUCGCCGCGUUCGCCGAGCAGGUCUACACCAAGCCCAACAUUGCUCUCGUCGGCGACGGUGCCUCCCAGGGCGCUCUGAGCCAGUGGGCCUCCAAGUUCUUCAACGAGGUUCCGGCUUCCAGCCAGCAGGCCGUCCAGUCCGCCGCUACCACCUACUACGGUGGAGAGCAGCGCAUUGAGGGCAGCACCGGCAAUGCCAUCACUAUCGCUUUCCCCACCGCCGCCUCCAGCCCCGAGGCCUCCGUCCUCGCUGCCCUUCUCGGCGGCCAGUCUACCGUCAAGUGGUCUCCUGGAUUCUCCCUCCUCGCCAAGAUUGCCGCUUCCUCUGGAGCCAACGCUGUGUCCAGCAACCUCGUCUACUCUGACGCCGGUCUCUUGACCAUCACCCUUUCCGGCUCUGCCGCUUCGGUUCGCCAGGCCGCCCAGGAGGCCGUCAAGGCUCUCGAGAGCAUCGCUGCCGGCUCCGUCAGCAAUGAGGACAUCACCAAGGCGAUUGCCAAGGCCAAGUUCGACGUUCUCGACCAGACGCAGUCCUCCAAGGAGUCGAUCCUCUCUGUCGGCUCUGCCCUCGUCAACGGCGCCCAGCCCACCCAGCCGGCCACCCUCGUCCAGAGCUACGCCUCGGUUACUCCUGCUAAGGUUCAAGCUGUUGCCAAGUCUCUCCUCGAGGGCAAGGCCACCGUUGCGACGGUCGGUGACCUCCAUGCCCUUCCUUACGCACAAGACUUGGGUCUCAAGGUAUAA